CGUUCAGUAAGCUGAGUUCAAUAUUCUAAUGAAUGACUCGGAACAUUCCAUCAACCAGCACGGAUCUUCCAUGCUGCAAGAAGUGUUGAUAUCUUCAAUGUUCAAUGGCGCGUUAACAGCGGGCUGGAUGAAACGCACCGGCUAUGCUCCAACUUGCAUUUAUUGCUCGAACCACCGCUUAUUCUGACAGGACCACCAUGGAACCUCAAUCAUUGGAAUAGUCAUUCUGCGCCCGAGGCAUCCGAACCCAUCGUGUUGGUGUAUAAAUGCCUGAACAAAGAACUUGAACGAGAUGUGUGAUUCCAGCAAGGCUUUCCUACACCAUGUCGCAGUUUCCUCCCAGUUCGAAAAUACUUGUCUCCUCCGACGGAGCAAAGAUCUACGCGGAUGCUUCUGGGGACCCCAGCAAGCCGAGUAUAGUCUUCGUCCAUGGGCAAGGCCUGAGUGGUGCUGUAUUUGACAAGAUCUUCUCGGACAAGCGGUACACGGAAAACUUUUACCUGGUCCAUCUUAUUAAUGUGGUGUACUCACAAGAUACUUACCAUUUCGUUGAUUUGAAGGUCAGGUACGAUAUGAGAGCGCAUGGACGAAGCGACAAGCCAGUUAUAAAGGAGGGUUACACAUCAAAGCUCUUUGCGGACGAUUUCGUAGCCGUCAUGAAAGCAUUCAACCUACAUAAACCCGUUUUCGUCGGAUGGAGUCUCGGAGCGACUAUCCCUGUCGAUAUCGCUGCUAACUUCUCCGACAAUCCUCUUGCUCUUAUUGUCUACCUCUGCGGUAUUCCCUACAUCGGUCCGAUCAUCCAACGAGUUGCAACGCCCGAAAUACUCAGUAUGAUCCCGAAUCUCACUUCCGAAGAUUCCGUUGCGACAACCUUGUCUGCUACGCGCGAAUAUGUCGACUCGCUUUUUUCAGAUGCUACAAAGAUUCCAUGGGAAUUACGAGUAUUGUGGUUUGGCAUGACUGCACUACGGCGUCCUAUACACGUCCAACUCUCUUUAUCCCGCGAACAAGACCCAUCACGAUUUUUCGAGCUGGGAAAACAAGGACUUCCGUUAUUCAUUCUCGGUGGAAAGUACGACAGGCAGAUAAUGAGCAACGUCGUUGCCGAUGAAAUGCGUCCUUAUUUCAAGAAUAUGGAAGUCCACUUAAUUGAGAAGGGUGGAAGUCAUUGUGUCUUUUUCGAGAACCAAGGUGAAACGAUGGAUAAGAUUAUAGAAUUCGCUCGAAGCGUCAAUGGCCAUGGAAAUGAUUUGACCAACGGCGUUUGAACAUAGGGAAUACAUGCAAUGCCGAUUGCAUUGCACAUUAGCGCCCUCUCAGUCCAAGCCUGAUUGCAGGCAAUGUUAAUUGUCACUUUGACUUUGAUUAUGAUUGAUUGAGAACGUGUCAUGGAAUAUGCCGUAUAUAGCUGUAUUACGUGAUCCAAUAUAUCAGAAAA